AUGCGCUCUUCCAAGUUAGACUGGAACUUCAGCGAUGAAUUCUUCAAAUUCACACGUGGUCGGCUUGCAAAAGUGGCAGCAGACUCGAUUGGCGCUGCUCAAUGCAUUUCCAUCAGAAAGUACCCUGACGGCAUGUUUAACAAAACAUUCAUCAUGACCAUGGAAGAUGAUCAAGAAGUCGUAGCCAAGGUGCCUAACCCUAAUGCUGGCGUUCCGCACUUUACCACAGCCAUAUCGACGCCGGAUCUUGCUAAUGCAACUGGCCGCCAAAAGGUUCGGAGUCUGCUAUUGGCCCGGUCACUGGUAGAGACUGGUUUAAUGCCGGCCGAACAAAUUUGGAUAUUGACAGGGGCCCAUAAGCUUAUUGCCUUAUCAUCCUACCAAAAGACCGGCAAUUUCCUUGCCCCAAAGGACACCCUCGUCACCAACCAAUACCCAUGCCUCUGGCAUAAUAACUUGCAUGACGACAACAUCUUUACAGAUCUAUACAACCCCGAAAGGAUUACGGGUAUUAUAGACAGGCAGUCUUGCCACAUCUCACCCCUCUUCAACCACAAUCCCGAUCCAGCUUUUCUCGGCUUGGAUAGCCUUGACCCUGAGACGCUUGAUCUAACGCCAAGGCUGAUACUGGCUGGGCUUUCCCCCGAAGAACAGUCUGAUGCUAUGCGCGAGUAUAGUAUUCGAAACGUGUUCAUUGAAAGGCGAAAGCUUAUGCAAGCCAAAAGUCCAGACUUAUAUGGGGCAGUCGAAGUUCGAAAGACGGCAGCAUACGGAUUAAUAUUUCUUUCACACAGCAUGUUUAAAUACGGCGAAGCGCACUUCCUCUCACUUCUAGUCGAUCUGGAAGACACAUGGGCGGAUUUACCUGGCGUCACUGGCGAGAUUCCAGACCCGUUUGACUUUGCCGAAACAGAUCUUGAGCGCAUCAAGGCUAGAUAUCGAUUACACGGUAGCAGGAACUGA